AUGGACAAAUUCCCUCGCCAACUUGUUGCUAACCCAUACGUUUCGAUGGUCUUGGCACGACGGCGCUCGCUCAUAUUGUUGGGCUUGCCGCUAUUCCUUAUAGCCUUACUAUUCUCUGGUACUGUCAACGUCGACAACGAAUGGGGUCACAAGCUAGAUAGUAUAGGCGACAACUUCAAAGCUGGCGUUAGUUAUGUAACAGGAAAUGGGACCGUCCAAAUUUCUUAUCCUUCGACCGAUGCUCCCGCCAACUCGUCAUCAUUCAAUCCUUUCCCUAGCGAGCUGUCUAACGGCGCCACCAGCUCUACCGUCAGAACUAAACCGUAUGCUCGACCAGGUUUCGAGCUGCCACUGGCUAAUGGAAUACCACUCCGAAUCAUGGCGCUUGGCGCCUCUACCACCCGUGGCGACAGCCCGGAGGAGGGUAUUGACAACAAUGGUUUCCGACGCCCUCUCCGUGAGAAGCUGACGACCAUCGGAAAUAAGGUGAACUAUGUCGGCACGCAACGUCUGGGAAAUAUGACGGAUAACGACAUCGAAGCCUAUCCUGGUGUCGUCACCGCGACUAUUCACGGAAAUGCGAAGAAGGCCGUUCCUAAGUCGAAGCCUAACGUAUUCCUCGUCAACGCUGGUUCCAACGAUUGUUUCCAGCAUGUCGAUAUCGACAACUUCUACAAGCGAUACGAUGCUUUGGUCCGGUAUCUCCUCGAUGCCUCACCGAGGUCUACUGUAAUCAUUUGCACGAUCCUACCUACUUGGGAUACACGAUUUAAUGGUAGAGAGGAUGUUUGGAGGGUGAACCCUCAGAUCCGAAGAUUAGCACAAAUAUACAAGUCGCAAGAAUUGCCUGUGGUCCUUGCUGAGUUGCAAGGCCCGGACGGAAUUCAAGAUGGUAACCUCGCUUCUGAUGGUAUGCACCCCGGUACCGCUGGCUAUGAAAUGAUGGCCACAAAGAUGUACCAAGCAAUCGUCGAGGCGGAUGCCAGAGGCUUCCUACAACCCCCAGAGCCCGUCAGAGGUAUUCUUGACGACGGCGACGAGGAGCGAAAGGAUGAAGAAUACAUGAAAUGGCUAAACGAGAAGCGACGGAUGGACAACGCGACGGCAGCCGCGGAACAAAAGGAAAUAGAGAGAAUGUUGGCCGAACUAGCUAAGCCGAAGGAAGAGAAGCAAGAAAAGGGCCCGAAAGAUACCAGGUUAAGACGGCAUCCCAAGAUGCUCUUCUAA